AUGGACGCAGCGGACGUAGCCGCUUCAGUGUUGGUUUUGGGGAUUAUUGUUGUGUCGCUGCUGUCCAAUGUUGUGGUGCUGAUCUGCUUUCUCUACAACCCGGAGAUCCGCAAACAGGUACCCGGGCUUUUUAUCCUCAACUUGACGUUUUGCAACCUGUUGCUAAGCGUGUCCAACAUGCCUCUGACUCUGGUCGGGCUCAUCACCGCGGGCCACCCUGGAAACAGCGUUUUCUGUCAGAUCGUGGGAUUCCUCGACACUUUUCUCUCCACAAACUGCAUGCUCAGCAUGGCAGCUCUGAGCAUCGAUAGGUGGGUGGCUGUGGUGUUCCCGUUGAGCUACCACUCCAGGAUCCGGCACCGGGAUGCAGUGAUCGCGCUCGGAUACACGUGGAUUCACUCACUUUGUUUCUCCACGGUGGCCACCUGCCGCUCCUGGGUCGGGUACCAUCACCUUUACGCGUCAUGCACCCUCUGCAAUGUGAGAGCGAAGGGAUCCGGGAUGCAGUUUAUUCUCUUCACCGUGGCUCUGCACUCUCUCACGUUCCUCCUCACGCUCAUAGUGUUGUGUGUAACGUAUCUGAAAGUGCUCAAAGUUGCGAGGUUUCACUGUAAACGCAUCGACGUGAUCACGAUGCAGACGCUGGUGCUGCUGGUGGAUAUUCACCCCAGCGUGCGGCAGAAAUGUUUGGAUGAGCAGAAGCGACGAAGACUUAGGGCCACCAAGAAGAUCAGCACGUUCAUCGGCACAUUCGUGGUGUGCUUCAGCCCUUACGUCAUUACGAGAAUCGUCGAGCUCUUUGCCCCAGGGCCCAUAAGCCCUCACUGGGGCGUGCUGUCCAAAUGUUUGGCCUACAGCAAGGCAGCAAGCGACCCGUUUGUCUACUCACUGCUCCGUCACCAGUACAGGAAGACGUGCAGCCUGCUGGCUAACAAAGUCCUCAAAAGAAGUCAACUCAACUCAUCCUCCCUCAGGAUGGAGAGCAACGCAGGGAGGAGCAGCAACAACGCCAACACAACUAACAACAUCCAACCGGCUAACAACAAGCAACUCAGCCAGUGAAGGGCAACCCUUCAGUGACAAUCAGGGUACUUUCUGUGCUGGAUUUUAUAUCUGACCCUCAUGAUACCCAGUACAUGAUAUCCAUUUGAUGGUGUGGCAUCAAAGCUGAGACUAAAAUGAUGGACUCUGAUGGAAAUGUCAUUUUUCUUACUGUAAAAAAUCAACUAAAAGACCCAAACAGUGUAUUUUCUCUUUUUCACUCAGUGGCACUCAUCCCCAAGAUUAUUUACUCCCACUGUGGGGGCAUGAGUUUAAAAAAUAGGUCACAAAUGCAACAGCAAAUGUCAAAACUCAUUGGUACAAAGCAAAAUAAUUUCCUCUAACAUCUGGGCAUUGCAGUUUAUUUUCAAAUGUUCCUUACAAAGGAGCAAAAGUGAAUUUGUUAGGGACAACCUUCAGCAGCAGAUUUGGUAAAUCAGGGAUCAUGGGAUUAACUUAAACAGGCCUGUGUCCACGGUGAUAAAGG